GGAAUGCAUCGACUUUAUGAUUGUGACACUGGUGUAAUUAGUUACAACAUACAUCAUUGCACUCAUUAGUAGUUUUGUGUGUUGCUGAUGAGAGACAAUAGUGACAUUCCUUGCAGACAUUUAAUAAUUGAGAAUAUUUUUUAUAGAAAUGGAAUUGCUACCAUUCAAACAAGGUGCUGAGGCUAGGCUAUACACAUCAUCAUUUUAUGGAAAGCCAUGCAUUGUGAAAGAACGCUUUUCCAAGUCGUACAGGCACCCGAAGCUUGACAAGUCUCUGACUACACAGAGAAUCAAAGCAGAAGUCCGAGCAAUGCUGCGCUGUCGGACCUUUGGCAUUCCCACACCAACCGUUUACUUUGUGAACCUGGAGAAUAACAGCAUCUACAUGGAGCAUAUGAAAGAUGCAGUGACUUUACGACAGUAUAUUGAAGAUAUUCAGCUGCAACAUCCAGAGACUUUCAUAGAAGUUCUCACUCCACUGGCAGGUGUUGUUGGUAAACUGUUGGCCAAGAUGCACAGUAACAACAUAGUGCAUGGUGAUCUGACCACUUCCAACAUGCUGCUCCAGGAGGCUGCCGAGAACAGUGUGCUUGUUCUGAUCGACUUCGGACUCAGUUACGGGGCCACGCUUGCAGAAGACAAAGGGGUGGACCUUUAUGUGCUGGAGCGUGCCCUGCUGAGCACCCAUCCCAACACCGAAUGUCUUUUUGAGACCAUUCUCAUUUCAUAUAAAGCGGAGUACAAGAAUGGGGCUGCAGACGUGAUCAGUAAACUAGAUGAGAUUCGACUGCGAGGACGCAAAAGAACCAUGGUCGGAUAAUGUGUGUGCACGUGAGCUUAUAGUAAUUCUAGUUAAUAAAGUGGUGUAUACCCACAAGAUAAUGUCUUGUUCAUUCACAUGGCAAACCUGUAACUAGUGGGGAGGGUGUUUGUUUGUCAACAUCCUCUUGAAAACAAAUCCAUAAAAAUGCCCAUUUAUGCCAAACAAAAUAAAUUUCUGAUCUAUGGUCAGUGCACGCAUUGAUUUUGACCUUCACGUAUCAACUGUGUUUUUGGGGGGUUUUCCCCGUGGUAAGACAUCAAUUUUUGCCUGGCUUUUUUUUUUUUUGCUAGGAUAUAAAACUAAAUUUGGAGCAAAAAUGAUCUGUAUGCUGGCUUGGACCAUUAGCUUUAAUUUCUCUCUAAAACAGGUCCUGUUACACAAAGAGAUCUUAACAUUUUACGGUGCUGUGGCAGCAACACUGAAACACUUGAUGUUAAUCAGAGUGGUUCAUUUGAUGGAGAAUUUGUUGUUCAUGACAGUUGUACAUGAAAUGACUACAAUUUCACCUCAUAUACUUUUAUUAAUGUAAACAGAACUACAAUUUUACUAAACAUGUGGGUUUCCACUAUCAAUGGGCAGUUUUACUAAAACCAAUUUGAAAGUAACCUAACAAGUAAUUUUGUAUGUAAUGUUGGCAUUGUUUAAUCAACUAGUUAAAAUAUAAGAGUCGUAGUCAACGGUUUUCGUGGGAGGAAUAUUUCUUCUACAGGUGGAGUGAGUUCCUCAUGUGAGGGUUUAUGAAGAACGUGAAUUUAGGAUAGUAUGAAUCACAAAUAAUUUUGUAUAUGAAGCCCAAAAUAAUGUAUGUUACCUUCAAAUUUUGUUUAGAUAAAACAAAAACUGAAGCUAAAUUAUGUUUACUCAAAGUGAGAGUAACCAAUCUGAUCACAAUUAACUAUACAAAUAUUUUGUGAUACCAAUAAGUGACCAUACAAAUCAGUUUUGAAGAAUAACAAGCAUAAGACUUCUCUAUUGCAAGCAUAUUAUUUGUUCACCCUUUGUCAACUUCAGUAUGCCUAAUGUAAAGCUAUGUUUCCAUUAAUGCGGUUGCGGUCCGGGUACGAGUGCGUCAAAUAUUGCAUAACAUUGUUUUUAUAGUAAGUGUUUCCAUUAAUGUGAUUUUUGUCCGGCACCCACGCGGGAACGCAUGCAAUUUUUUUUCGAUCGGAUCAUGUAGUGAUUCCAGCUAGCCUGCAUAAGAAUCGCAUAGAGGAUUCCCCCGGAUUGUAGGGCUUCCCUAAAAUUCCAACUGUGCCUCGUGUACUUCCAAUGACACUUGAUGUUGAAAAACUUAUCGAACUUGUACUAGACCAGAUUUAAAGCGCGUGUAUGACUAUAGAUCCCCAUCAUCGAUAUUUACAAUAUACAUUGUAUAUAUAUUGAUUAAAACAUUUUAUUGAUGUUUAAAAGAACAAAUGGAUUAGGCACAGGUUACACCAACUUACUAGGCCUUGUCCAUAAUACAUACAUGUUUUUCGACAGUAAUGUGUUUUUGCAAUUUAAAUAUGAACAGAAAUAAAUAUUACUGAAAGAGAACGAAAGAAAGAAUAAAGGAAACGGAGAAAAACGCAAUAAAGUUCUCUAUGUGUUCUAUAAUUAAACAUACGGUUUGCUAAAAGAAAAACAAAACAGAAAUAAGGCAUCGAAAUGAUUACGUAAUGAAUAUAUAUAUACAUUCAACAGAGUGCCUUUCAUAUAAAAUUUAUUCGCCGAAAAAUACUACACGAAGAAUAGGUGCUAAGGCUAACUUGAUAUACGUCUGCCUUUAAAUAACUACACCCGUGUUUUAACUUGGUAUGCAAUACAUUUCUUUUCGAUUACCAAAUGAAAGGGGUAACGAAAUAUCAUUUCAAUUUCUCAGCAUGUAAGGGACUCUUUGUUCAACUGUUUGUGGGAUACAGUGUAUCAUAAAAUCAGGAGCCAUACCUUUCAUUAUUUUAUACAUUGUGUACAGCUUUUUGAAUUUACGCCUGGAAGUAAAUGUUGCUAAUCCAAUUUUGUAGUACAAAGACUUUAUGAAUGCAAAUUUAGGCAAAACCAUGAUUAAUAUAGCAGCCUCGAAUUGUACUUUUUCAAUAAUGUCUUCCUCGACUAAAGAACAUCUAUCCCAUACUUCUGAUGCAUAUUCUAAUAUAGGGCGGAUAAAAGUUACAUAUAUUUUCAAUAAUGUUUGUUGUUCUAAUAAAUAUUUGUAUUUCCUAAGUACAGAAAUAUUUACCAAUGCCAAUUACAAAUAUUGUUGAUAUAUAAACAUAUGAAAAUGCAUGGACCUGUAUGGUUCUGGUACUCCUGGUUUGUUCUAAUUUUAACAAUGGCGCUUCCUUUUGUUGGUUUGUUUUAUUUUUAAAAAACUUUUUCUGUAUCAAAUUGUACCUUGCGACUAUCAUAAUAAGCUCUUUUUCAAAUAAUAAGUGAUGCUGCAAUGUUUGCAUCUUGAAUGCCAUUACUGGAAUAAUUGCAGUAAGUAGCCACAUUAAUGGAAACAACAAUCACAAGCACCCGCACUGUAAUCGGACGCACCCGCACCGCAGUCACAUUAAUGGAAACAUAGCUUAAUUCAUACAUCAUUAGCAAAAAAAAAGGAAACCGUUCAUAAUCUGUUUUCAAAAUGAGUUGAAAUGAAUAUUUUUGAUAAUUUUUACCCAGUGAAGAUAAAUAAAAUAGUAAAAUAUG